GAAAUAAGUUAUUUAGAAAAUCUAUUAUUUAGACCAUAUAUCGUUGUCACCAAUAAGACUUGUGGUUCUGGUGCUGUUUCUAGCUCUGUGCAUAGAAACAAAUGAAUCUAAUUUUUUUAAAACAAAUUAGCAUAUGGAAGGAAAUGGUAUUCACAUCUUGUAAUGAGUAGUCGUCAUGCGUUACAAACCAAAUAUGGGUCAACUUUUUAGACUUGUAGGCCCUUUUCUUGAAUAAUUUUUUUUGUGUCCACAGUAAAAUAGUUGUCUACAAAAAAUUUGGGUGACUAAUGAUAAAGUUUUUUUUUUUUGAAAAAGGACUAAUGAUAAAAUUAUAAACAUUAUUUGAAAGUUUAAAUUAUAUGGAGCCCUGCGCAAAAUGUAGUUUUGCGUUUAUAUUUAUGUCUACAUGUUCAAAAUAACAUUUUCAUAGUACGUAAUAUUGUACUAUGAACAAACAUCGAUUGUAUCUGAUCGACCCACGAUAACGUGAACUUUAAGGUUCCACUUUUGUAUUAAAGUAUUGGUCUUAUGAUUUUCUAGUUAUUUCAUUUCCUUUAUUGAAUUUAUAAUAAUAACUGCCAGCUUCAUCAUCAUCAUCACAAAUAUUUACAACCAUUAUCUCUCUCUCUUUCUUGGAUCAUCACACAUCCAUACAAAGACUAAAGACGAAGGUACUAAUUGGCUUAAUGACAUGCAGAGAAAUUCUCCAUAAGAUGAAGAGGCAAAAGCAAGAAGUGGAAAAACAUCAGUGUUGGGUAUGGGCCUAGCCUUCCCAAAAGCCCCGUAAGACAAUUACCCAGACACAUGAUUACAACAAAGAAGAUCGGCUCGUCGACUUGAAAGCCGGCGUUCGGCUCGGCUCCAGACUACUUUUAGUCGAUGAGAUGAUUGACUGAACAUCAUCGGCUCGCCGACCUGACACAACGGCCCGAUGAGUCGGCCCAAUUACUCGAGGAGGCCCAUCGAGACAAGACACAUUAGGUCAACGAGCGUUCACCUAUAAAAGGAGGAGACAAGGCAACAAGGAGGGGAUCCGCAAAUUACUACACUCACUUUCGGCUAGAAUUAGGGUUUUACAUCUUAGAUCUCGCCGACUUGUGCGGUCCGACGAAUUUGUCUUCGCCGGACUUUUUCCUCUGUUCUCUUCCCCUUUUGUAACUCGGUUUCGACUCACUGAUCUAAUAAAACACGUCUUUGUCUUGACCCACCGACGAGAACUCGUCUCUUCUCUUUACUAGUUUAUUGACAGUCUCAGUUUAAACAGUUGGCGCCCACCGUGGGGCAGACAGAGUAGCGUCAGCAAAAGAUCGUGACUCGACCCGACUCAUCGUCCGACGACGAGUCGCCUGUGACCGAAGGCGCUCCAACAGCAGCGCCCUUUGUAGAAACCAUACUCGAGAGGAUGGCGCAGCAAGACGCCGCCCAAAAGGCGACGACCGAGCAACUCGCCGCCAUUCUAGCUCUGCUGGCCGGAGGCUCAGGAGAUCCGGCUACGACGGUCCGAAAACAACUGUUCGACACUUACCGAACAGCCAGUGCCGGAAACCCCGCAAACACGAGUGCCGUACAGGUCCAAACUCCCGGCGGCGUCGACCUCGUUACCGUCCGGGAACUCGCUGAGCUUAAGCAAUCAGUCCUGGACAUGAAAGACCGGAUGCUCGAAGGACCUACUUCAGCGCCGCUGAUCGAACGUGUCCUCGCCGAAACCCUAAAAACCCCAUUUUCCCGGAAGAUCACCGACGUACGUUACCGGCCGACCGAGAAAAUUCGCCUUCCGACUUACGCCGGAAAGGUGGACCCAACCGACCACAUCACUGCUUUCAACAUCACGAUGGGUCGAACCAACUUCUCUGAGGAAGAAAGAGACGCUGGCUACUGUCGUCUCUUCGUGGAAAGUCUUCAAGGACCAGCUCUCGGAUGGUUCACUGGAUUGGAGCGCGACUCCAUCAACGAUUUCCACGAUCUGACGACUGCGUUCCUCAAGCACUACAUCAUGUUUACAAGACAAGGAGCAACUCUGUCCGAUUUAUGGAAUCUAUCUCAAGGAUCGAGCCAAAGCCUCCGCGACUUCAUGGAAAAAUUCAAAGCAGUCGCUUCGAAAGUCCAAGUCCCCGACAGCGUUGCCGUCGACGCACUGAUGAACACUCUCUAUUUCAAGUCCUUGUUUCGCGAGGAUCUUUACAGAAAUCCAACCACUUCGCUCCAGGACGCAAUCGCCAGGUCAAACAACUUCAUUCGAAUGGAAGAAGACACAGCGGCGAUACUUAAGAAACUGAACACGACAACCAAACCGGCAACUGUCCCCAAAGCUCCCGAGGCACGCCAGGAACCUCGUCAGCACGUCUCAGGCAGUAAACCUAACCAGCCGAAAAGUUUCGUCUACGUGGUUGAAGACAAAAACGCGUCCCCACAGCCCACUGUCGUUGUACGCGAAAAAGGUUGGAAUGUCUGGGAAAACGACGAAAAGCCGCAAACCUCUUCGACACCUCCGGCGUCAAUUCCUGGACCAGCUGAGCCAAACAUGUGGUGUAGCUUCCACAAGUCUAAGGCACAUGAUACAAGGGACUGCAGGUAUUUGUUAGACGCCCUCUUCUUGUCGUACGAAAAGGGAACGUCAAACGUCGAAAUCCCUAAGCCUAGGCCCAACGGCACCAAGAGCUGGAGCAAAAACAAAGAAAAGAAAACUCACAAGAAUCAGGAUAAGUCUAGAAACCGGCCGAAGCAUACUGAGGAUGACAAGCCAGAAGAGCAUGAAGAAGAAGACGGCGAUGCACAAGUCGACGAGGAGCAACCGUGUAAUCGUCGACGUGUACAAGUCAUCCUCGCACGACCCAGUUCCUCCUCAGAUGAAGAAGAGGAUAAACAUGUCCAUGACUCACGCGAGUAUUCCAGCAAACGAACAAACGAGAGCAUAUAGGAUCAGACAGGUCAAACGACUUAAGAAACAAGCUCAGGCAAAAGUCGCAGACAUCUGAUCGUGCAUACGACUCACACGGAGAUCUCCGCUCAAUCAUCAAAAAAUCCAAGGCUAGGAAAAUCGAGGACUCGAGUGCCCGAUCCCGUCUCAGGCCACGAGUCAUCGAUCUUCGUGAGAAGACCUCAGAAUCAAGCUCAACCGACCAAAACAUUCAGACUUACGACGAAGAAUCGAGGAGGCGAGGUCCAAGAAUGAGGACGGACACAAAUCUGUUGUCGAGGACUCACCCGUUGUCGAGGACUCGCCCAACGUCAAAAAUUCACCUAUCAUCGAAGA